CCUGCAGUCUUGGUCUUCCUGCCUGCCUGCUGCCUCCAGGCUACUGGACUGGACGGAACGGAUAGUGUGUGUGUGUGAGUGAGAGAGAGAGAGAGAGAGAAGAAGAGAGAGAGAGAUCCUCAGUGCUACUCUGUCAGAUGGACACGCUGUUUGUAAUCCCUCACACCGAUGAGCUAAUGUUGUUCCUCAUUGGUCAUUUCUGCCCAACAUGAUGGGAGCGUGUGUCUGGUGCUGAGGGGGUCCAGACGGGGAGCCAUGAACCCUGGCGUAGAGGAGGAGCCGCACAUCUCUCUGGUCUCCCUGGUGAUCGUGGGCACGCUGAUGCUCCUCUUCCUGCUCGGCAUGACAUGCUGCUGCUUCUACAUGAGUAAACUAAGACAUCGGGCCCAGGCUCAAAGUGUUGGAUACAAAGAGGUCGUAUUUGAAGACGAGUCCACUGAAUUAAACUUGCAAGAGGAGACCUGUGUGGUGUGCCUGGAGGACUUCAUAAUAAAAGACGAACUUGGUGUGUUGCCAUGCCAACACACGUUUCAUAAAAGGUGUCUAGGAAAAUGGCUGCAGGUUCGAGGUGUGUGCCCCAUGUGCAACCACUUCAUCAACGGGCCUAGGGAGCGAGACAGCCUGGCCACCCUGCUGGACGAAAUGGUAUAGCAGGGUGGUAUAAUACUGGUACCAUAUUGGUAUAGCUUGGCCCCAUGUCAACCCUGCUGGACGAAAUGGUAUUGCCGCGUGGUAUUGGGAUAGUAGCAUGGCAGCAUUGGCAACCCUGCUCGACAAAAUGGUAUAGCAGCAUGGUAUACAUGGGUUAACGGUUUGUAAACAAUCCCUGGCUGCGCACUGUUCAACCUCUUAUUGGUGGAAAUUCCUGUCGGUCAAAAAUUGAGCUCACGUGGUUGGCUGCUUAGCAUCUUGCCCACUCCCCACAACACAAAUGUUUUGGUAAACGAAAAACCGUAUUGGUAAAGCAUGGCCCAUGUCAACCCUGCUGGAUGUCAUGGUAUACAUGGGUUCUCAGUGUUUAUCAACACAAUGUUAUGAGGAGGGGCAAGACACUGGCAGCCAACCACGUGAGCUAAUUUUUUGACCGACAGCGGUUUCCAACAAUCAGAGGUUGAGUUGUGCGCAGCUAGGUUCGCGCAGUCAGGUUAUAAACAAAAUUUAGAACCCAUGUAUACUCUAGCACCCAGCCCGUCACAGCAGCCACAUCAUGUGUCUUGGGACCCAACAAGAUAUCCUCUGCGCUCCUGAAAUUCACGAUCUUGGGAUUCAGUGGGAGAAGUUCUUCUGUUGCAUUUUUCUGCUGCAAUGGGUUUAUUGACUUUUGUGAGACAUUUUAUAUGAAAUACUCCAGCUAUAUAUGCUUCAAUGAUCUACAAGUGGACAACACAUGAAUCCUCAGGGGCCGACGUUUUUUUUGUCUGAAUUUAGAAAGUGUGACCCAUUGGCCCAUCUUCACUGUAGGCAUUGGACUUGUGUGAAGGACUUGCCAAGGGAAUGGGCAUUUUAAUACGCCUGCAACGUUUUUUGUUCCAGUCCAGCUCUGUUGAGGAUCCAUCUGUAGACGACA